ACAGACAAGCUGUCAGUGUAAGUCUUGACUUGACAGUUGACAGAAUUUCUCAAUCAGUCGCAUUUUUUUACUUGCAUUCGUGAAUAAUCGUGUGUAAUGAUAAUGUCUUUUGUUAUUUUUCAGAAGUUAAAAGAUAACCUGAUGUGUUAAACAAAAAAGAUAUAUCAAAUGAACAGAGACAGUCCAGAGGGGGGGGGUUCUACAAUAAGGGGUAGGAAGAGCAUUCAUGAGUACACAAUUAGUGAUCAAGCAAUCGAAAUAAUGGGAAGAUAUGGCAUCGGCAAUCCUAGCCACCAGGCUGAGAGAGAUGUCGUGGACCCAGGAGUGGAUGUGGUCGACAAUGUGAUGAGCAAAAUGGCCCGUCAAACCAGUCCACUAACAAUACGAAAGAAAAAAAUACCUCGAACUAAUUCUUAUCCACACGAUGAGGAAAACACUGAUGAGGACAGCACCAAUGUGCUUUCGAAAUCUUUACCUGCAACUCUCCCGUCACAUUUGCCUUACAGUGAUGAUUCUGAUGUUGAACAAAACUACUUGGUCAAGUCGCUAUCUAAGUCAAGAAUAGAGGAUGAAAGUUUUCAGCAUAGACUAAAUAGAAGCGAUCAUAGUUCAGAACGCCAAACAUUGCGAAAAUUAUCAAUUUCAUCAGAAGAUACAGCUCAAACACAGUCUGGGAACACAUUGCGGAAUAUAUUGAUCGCAUUAAUAUUAGGUUUUAUAGCAGUAAUGAUUCACAAAAUGCUUCCAAAUAUAACAAACAGCAGUCAAGAUAAAUCAACACAAACAGUCAAUCAUGAUAAAAUUAUAUUUGAAAACAAUAUGAAGAACCUUCAGGAAAAAUAUAAUAUUGAUGAUAAUUCUAUUCUCAAGCUAAAAACGGGUAUAUCAACAAUAUUCUCCAGAAUGGAUACUGGGUCCUUCAUGUUUGUUUACAACAGUAAAACCAACAAUUUCAAUGCUGUUAGAUUUGAUAAAUUCACUGAUGAAGUUGCGUUUACUGCUGCAAGAUAUUUACGUAACAAUAUCGCGUCAAUACAGCACACAGUAGUUGAGAGUGCAGACCUCGACAUGCAGGAUCACGGCCAACUGAUCACCAGGUACCGUGAUGACGUCGACAGAUCUGGCGUAAUGCUGGUCAAAGAGAUCGACUCUGUACCCUCACAGCUGGCCAUGGCCUUCCAUUACUAUUGCGAUGAGUAUGAUCCGGUCGUCAAGAGAAGUGCUAUAUUUUUCACACUGAAUAUGGCCAAUUGCUCCAAUACGGCAGAACUGAAGUCAACUCAUGCUUUUAUUGAGAAAUGCCUAGCAAAUAGGUGGAAGAAUUUACCUCCUGAAAAUGUAAGACCACUACUAACUAGAGUGGUGGAUAUUGUCAUUGAUGUAACCAGUGUCUUCUAAACCAGUAUUUAUGUAUGUGAUUAUGAUUCAUUUGUUAUCUCAUUACGAUUUUUAUUUAUUUAUAAGUUUUAAUUAAAGAUAUUAAGAUUUUUUACUA